AAAACAGAUACAGCAACCUUUAGAAGCAGACGACAAUUUUCAAGCAGACGACAAUUUUCAAUGAAGAAAACAACACAAAGCGUUGAACGUCUUCAGGACAUGUUAAAACAUGCAUCCAGAAAGAGGAAGCGGUCUAACAGUCCUGAUAGCGAGGCUCUACCCCCAGCAAAGCGUUCACGACUGAGGGUCAUUACUCCUCCUCCAAUGCCAAGGUCAUUUUUGAGAAAGGUCAAAGCGUGGCAAGACCGGAAAAGAAAAAUUGAAUUAGGCAUUCCCCUUUACUUAGAUGCACAGAGGCAACAAAUGGCCGACGCACUUCCUUCACCAGCAGCGCCCUCUAUGUCUCUAUCAGAAGAAGCUUUAUCUGGUAUUAGAGCAGCCGAAGAUUUGAUUGAAGAAAUAACAAGGGAGAUUAAAGCCUCAGCUCCUAAACGCCGCGGAAUUAUCAAGAGGUUGGCUUCCAACGAUGCUGCAGACGACAGUUUGGAGGUCAAGGUCAUUCCUGUAAAGCGUCGUGGAGGAUGGAGAAAGAAUGGGCAGAGGCGAUUCUGAAUUUAUUGGAAAAGAGAUAAAAAAGCACAUAAAAUCUUGCAAAACAAAAAGACGCUACUUCAGUGUUUCGGGGUAACUAAAGGGAAAUCAACAACAUUUUUGACUGAGCCUGUGCAUAAGAGAAAUGCAUUUUCAGUGCGUAUCAGAAAAUAUGAAAAAAAAGAUCAACAAGGAAGAGCGGCAUUCAAUGAACGCAUGCCCAAUAACAAGAUCACCGGCAAGGAGCCCAGCAAGACACUUAAUGAUCCCAAAGGACUAGAAAAAUAUAGAAAACUAUUUGAGUGGAACAUUAACGAAUAAGGGACACUGAGACUCCUAUAGAUAUUGAUUGGUUUCCCAUACAAUUCACUUAAUUAAUCACUUAAUUAUAUUUUUAGGUAUUCAAAUGAAACAAUUGAAUACUCUAUCUGUUUGUUUGUUUUUUACU